UCCUAGUCAAUGCUGUUCUAGCCAUGACAUUAAAGCAACAACCGCUUUAUGUACCAAAAACAAACGUUGCAUUCCCUUCACCAAGUGGCAACUCCGCUUGUAAUAAAAUUAAGUGGAACUCCAAUGAAAAGGUGUACAGCUGUGUGCAAAGAAGAAACAUAGAAUGCGGGCUACCCGCGCCGCAUGUUUUUAGCCCAGGUUUUUAUUCCCGGAGAAAACAAUGCAGUAAAGCUCAUAUUGAAGAGGAUCUGCACUGUUCUGGUAAUACUAUCAUGUUGGUCAGGGGAAACAAGAACAACAAGUCUGCUAGCUUAGUGGGAAAAGAAGACUUUAUACCUGGCAUUUAUGGGAACAGCACCAUCUCUCGCCAGAAACCACUCUUCUGUAGUUUGGAAUCUGAUUUUUCUGCUGAAAAGAAAUUUCAUUCACCAGAAGAGAACAUUGCAAGAGAAGGUGAGCAAGUGCAAACAUUCUAUAAACUGAGAAAUUAUAAAACAACUUUUGUAAGCAAAACUCAACUCUUGGUCUUUUACAGGUGUUCUUACAGGUCAAAAAUAACAAGGGAGCUUGACAGUUUCACCUUGGACCAUUAUAAUGCUGCAGUGGAACAGUUGGCAGCUCUUAGCUUGUCCAGAAAUACUAGGACACCACAGCUCAGCCCAAAUAGCUGCAGACAAGCACCAUAUCAUUCCUGGAGCUAUAUACAUAAUCAAGGCAACAAGGCAGUGAGCAGAGACUUCCAUAGACGUUUUGGGGAAAUGCCGUCUAGCUCCAGUGAUGUUCCUAUAAACUUCAUCCACACUAAUCCUCUGGUACAGUCUUUUAUAAAGAGAUGCCACACAGUUUCUUAUCUUGAAACCCAGAAAGCAACUUUGGAGAACUGCAAUAGAAAUGGAGAUGGGGAUUUUUUAAAAAACGAAGCCAUUGCUUCUGCUGCUUAUCCUGCUACAGAUGGUAGUAGUGAUGACAUGCUUUCUGUAAUCAGAUCGAGUUUGAAAAGAGGAAAUGGCAGUGUAGAGGACAAGCCUUCAAUAGAAAAAGAGAUAUCUGAAAAUGAGAAAAAAAGUAAAGAGUUGCUGAAAUAUUUAAAAAACGUGAACAUUAACCUAAAACCGGAUCCUAUAGAAGUCAAGGAAGAAGUUUCCUCUUCAUCUGAGAGUGAUACAUUUUCAUACCCUGAUUUUCUUCCCCCGCCUUACAAUACUUGGGAUUUACAAAAAAUGUCCUUAUCGAAAUUUGAUGAAUCGAAAUUAUCCUUUAACCCACCUCUCGAAGAAUCACUUUGUAAACUAAUUUCUCGUCUGGUGGAAAUGGAGAAGUUACAACACUUGACGAUAUUAAAAGAAAGGACAAGGGAGACUGUUUCUCCCACUAUGGCAAUUAAUAACCGUACCAGUUUUUCAAAAGAUGCACACCAGUUUAAGCAACUGAAGCAUUCCGAUAGUUCGUGUCCUCAGGCAGGUUUUGAUGGAGAUCUUCACCAUUUUGGCUGUUGCAUGCAAGAAUUGGACAUGCCAAAAUGCACUUGCCAGCGCUGUCAUAGUAAGUGGAAUUCUGGAGCAUCAUCCCAUGUACGUCCAUCCACAAAGCCCUGCCGAGCAUCGUGCAGUAGGUGCAACAAGUGCUCCAAAGCUUCAGUAAUCUUAGACUCAAGAAAUGUACCCACACGGAGAGCUCUGUCUUGCUCUGGAAGCUCACCAAAAAUUCGAUCAGCUGUCAAAACAACUUCAACAAAGUUGCUUUUACCCAGUGCAGCUGUAGCUUACUCCUUAACUGACAGCGAAAGUUCAAAAUGGAAGCAGCCAAGGACAAAACGAAAACCUUGUAGAAAAAAUGGAGCAUUAACGACUAAACUAAAAUCCAUACCUGUUAGUUCAAAAGAAAAAUGCUCGCCUGCUGACCAGCAAUGAUCUGUUGAACUAAGUCAUCAGGCAUUCAUUAGUAUUCGAGCAAAAGGAAUGAGCAAUGGUGAUUUGGAAAGCUGUAUCCAGUUUUUAAUCUGUGUUAUAUGAAAAUAUCAGAUUUUAUUUUUUCCGGAAGAACAUUUUCAUGUAAGAUUUUAAAAGAAACCAUUAGC